UCGACGGCCAAAGGGCCAAUUACCGCUGGAGUGGAAGAUGCUGGCCGUCGGGCGGUGGAAACAACGCGAAGAGGCGCCUGCUCGUAGCGCGCGAGGGCAACUCUCUCCUACACACACGGGGCCUCAGCGGUGGAGCUCAACUUUCUUCCGUGGUGUCUGCAGUCGUUCCUGAGCCACCAUGAGGUCCACAUCGAAAGUCCUCAUCUCCCUCUCGUGCUUCAUCGCUGUUGGCCUGGCGCAGCAGCAGCAGCAAACACCUCGCAAAGGUCAGUUGGACCCGUGCCAAGUAAAGGGCCGAGUCGUACCAGAUGAGACUUAUUGCGAUAGGUACUGGGAGUGCGUUGGAGGCCAACCUGAGCUCUUUGACUGCCCCAACGGCCUCGUGUAUGCUGGCAAAAACCGCGGAGUCACCGAGGGCUGCGACUACCCUUGGAGGGGCAACUACUGCGAAGGCAAACAGCUCGCCAACUCCCCCAUUUCCACUGAGCACUGCGACUGGUUGUACGGCAUUUUCGGACACGAAACCUCGUGCACCCGAUACUGGACCUGCUGGAACGGAACUUCCACUGAGCAGCUUUGCAUCGGUGGUCUGCUCUACAGCGAACAGGCUCACUCAUGCGAUUGGCCCGACAACGUUGAAGGAUGCCAGAAGCACCCCCUCUGCAAUGAAGACCCCAACGGAAACGUGCCUCUUGGCAAGUCCUGCAACAGGUACUGGCAGUGCCAGGGUGGCUACCCCCGACUGCAGAGGUGCCCUGCCCAGCUGGUCUUUGACAAGCGCACUCUCCGCUGCGUGAGCCCUCCGACUGAAGACUGCGAGGCUCCUCCCACUCCUGCUCCCAUUCCUGAUGAGGACAAUGAUGGCCCCCAGAUAGGCGGACAGAAUCUGGAUGAAGACGACGAAGAAAAUGUCCCUCCUCCUCGACCUCUGCCAUCCAGACCACAGAACGGUCAACAACAGCAGUCCAGGCCAAGUAACAGGCCACGCAACUGAUUUGUUGAAAUUAAAUUUACUAGUUUAAGUUUGACUAAUGUUAUUGUAUGUUAAGAAUAGCUUCAAAGCUAAUUAUUUUGCAGUAAAUAUGUAAAUUAAGCCUGUUGUAUAAGGAAAUUGCAUAAUAAACAUUUGUCAAGUAA